GUGCUAGUAGUGAAAUCAGAAAGGACUCAAAUGGACAAGGAAGAAAGUGCAAGGAUGAUAAUGAAAAUAAAGCAUUAAUUAUGCACCAAAUUAAAUACGGGACAUAUUUGCCGCCACCAUACGCGUCCCCCACCAGCGCGUGAGCCGGUAACCGUCUCCCUCACCGUUCACUUCUUUCCGUUCUUCGCCGUAACUUCCUUCUCUUCUCUUCUCCCUUCUUCUCUCUACUUCUCUCCAUAUAUAUAAACAAACUCCCCUCUGCAGAUUUUCCCCACACCAAUUCCUAACGGCAACCAAAUACUCCCCAAAAAAGGGCAAGAAGUAAAGAUCCCAAAAACCCCAACCGCCGCCGCCGCCGCCAUGUUUCGCCUGAGCAACAACCUGAUCGGAAUCCUCAACUUCAUAACCUUCCUCCUCUCAAUCCCCAUCAUCUGGGCCGGCGUCUGGCUCCGCAACAACGGCAGCUCCGAGUGCGAGCGGUUCCUCGACACCCCCGUCAUCGUCAUCGGCGUCUUCCUCCUGCUCGUCUCCGUCGCCGGCCUCGUCGGCGCCUGCUGCAAGAACUCCUGCCUCCUAUGGAUCUACCUCGUCGUCAUGUUCCUCCUCAUCGUGCUGCUCUUCUGCUUCACCAUCUUCGCCUUCGUCGUCACCAACAAGGGCGCCGGCCAGGUGCUGUCCGGCCGCGGGUACAAGGAGUAUAAAUUGGGGGAUUACUCCAAUUGGCUGCAGAAGAGAGUGACGAGCGGCAAGAACUGGAACAAGAUCAGGAGCUGCUUGGUUGAUGGGAAAGUCUGCUCCAAAUUCAACGAGACUUACCUUUCCGACACCGUCGAGCAGUUCUACACCGAGCGAUUGUCUGCUCUUCAGGUAUCUGGAUGCUGCAAGCCAUCAGAUGAAUGCGGCUACACCUACGUGAACCCAACAACAUGGACCAAGACCAUCACAAACUCGUCAAACCCCGACUGUGCCGCCUGGGACAACCAGCCUGAUGUGCUCUGCUUCAACUGCAACUCCUGCAAGGCCGGUCUUCUCGACAACCUCAAGCGCGACUGGAAGCGUGUGGCCAUCGUCAACAUCGUCUUCCUCAUCUUCCUCAUCAUCGUCUACUCCGUUGGUUGCUGUGCUUUCAGGAACAACAGGAGGGACAACUCUUACCCCGCCGGGUGGAAGGCUUGAGAUCACAUCACAAAACCCUCUGGCUGCUGGUUUUUCUGAUGUAAUGCUUAGUAUGGAGAUAGUAGUUUGUAGUUUUAGGCCGAUCAUGUUUUGGAUUGUUGCUGCUACUUCCUUUUGUUUUGUGUAUAGCAUUUUGAUGUGCUCGACUUCCAUGGCUGCUCUAGAGCAUAUUAUUGGGCUGUAUAUGUUCCCAAUUCCCAUCCUGGAUAGUUCUUUGUGCUAUGAAUAGAUAUUCAUUCCCAUCUCUUUCCAUUUUCUUCACUCUUAUCAUCAACUUGUCAGGUCUUAUCUAUCUCUUCAAUGGCUUUCAACUUCUUCUACCAACUUAUGGACCCAUAUGUUUUAAUCAUUUGUCCCUCUUCUUUUCAUGAAAGGUAUAGAAUUUGAAUGUUUUAACGGGU